UCUCUUUCCCUGUGUGUGCUCAGCAGUGCUCCACUCCCCUGCUCCUCCUCUUCCCCUCUCGUCACUCCUGCGGCGUAAGCACUCUCUACUUGAAGGGGACACCGGCCUGCUCCUCACCCACUUGCCUCUGCAUGACUGUCACAAAGAUGUCAUGGCGUCCAACAUACCGGAGCUCCAAGUUUCGGAACGUUUAUGGCAAGGUUGCCAAUCGGGAGCACUGCUUCGACGGCAUUCCCAUCACCAAGAACGUCCAUGACAACCACUUCUGCGCCGUCAAUGCCAAGUUCCUGGCUAUUGUCACGGAGAGCUCUGGCGGAGGGUCCUUCAUCAUUAUCCCUGUCUCUCAGGCCGGCCGCAUUGAACCUCACCACCCCAAAGUAUGUGGACACCAAGGCAACGUUCUGGACAUCAAAUGGAAUCCCUUCUUUGAGAACAUCAUUGCAUCCUGCUCUGAGGAUGCCUCUGUGCGGGUAUGGGAGAUCCCCGAGGGUGGUCUGCGGAGGAACAUGACGGAGGCGGUCAUGGAGCUGUAUGGUCACAGCCGCCGCGUGGGCCUCAUAGAGUGGCACCCCACCAGCAGCGGCAUUCUCUUUAGUGCUGGCUACGACUACAAGAUCCUCAUCUGGAACCUGGAGAUUGGGGAGGCUGUGAAGAUGAUUGACUGCCACACGGACGUAAUCCUCAACAUGUCCUUCAACACGGAUGGCAGCCUGCUCGCCACCAGCUGCAAGGACAAGAAGCUGCGCGUCAUUGAACCACGCUCGGGAAGGGUCCUGCAGCAUGCCCAGUGUAAGAACCACCGGGUGAACAGAGUGGUGUUUCUGGGCAACAUGAAGCGCUUGCUGACGACAGGUGUGUCCCGCUGGAACACGAGACAGAUUGCACUCUGGGAUCAGGAGGAUCUGUCCAUGCCCAUGGUGGAGGAAGAGAUCGACGGUCUCUCAGGACUGCUGUUCCCUUUUUAUGACUCAGACACACAUAUGUUGUACCUGGCAGGGAAGGGGGACGGCAACAUCCGCUAUUAUGAGAUCACCUCAGAGAAGCCCUUCUUGCAAUAUCUGAUGGAGUUUCGCUCCCCAGCCCCACAGAAAGGCCUUGGAGUGAUGCCCAAACAUGGGCUGGACGUGGCAGCCUGCGAGGUCUUCCGCUUCUACAAGUUGGUGACCCUCAAGGGUCUGAUUGAGCCAAUUUCCAUGAUUGUACCAAGAAGGUCCGAGACCUACCAGGAGGACAUCUAUCCAAUGACAGCAGGGACACAACCGGCCCUGACUGCCAGCGAAUGGCUAAGUGGCAUUGACAAAGACCCAGUGCUGAUGUCUUUGAAGGAGGGUUACAGUAGACCCAACCAGCUUGUGUUUAAAGCCCCGGUGAAGGACAAGAAGAGCGUAGUGGUCAACGGCAUCGACCUCCUGGAGAACGUGCCACCGAGGACAGAGAAUGAGCUCCUGCGCAUGUUCUUCCGUCAGCAGGAGGAGCUCCGGCGGCUGAAAGAAGAGCUCACACAGAAGGACGUUAAAAUACGCCAGCUGGAGCUGGAGCUCAACAACCUGAGAAAUGUCUGUCCUAACAACAUUUGACCUCCAACAUUCAACCCCCCUCUCCCCUGAACUGGCCCAUUGGAGCCCACGCAACAAUCGCCAUGUUGAGCCCCUCCACACACACAUUCUCAUGAUGCAUCAUGCCACCAAUUGUUGUGACAGAAGAUGCACUGUAAUAAUCGUCACAUAAUGUUGUAAUUCAUAAAAUGUAAAGAUGUAAUGAUGAUGGUUCUUUAUUGGUUAGG